AUGAGACAUCUAUUGUUGAAUGCAGAUUCAGAAGCCAUGUUGCCUAUUCAUGGAGUGGGCUUUCAAAUUGAUGAUGAGGGCUUGCAAGGAGUGGUAAUAUUUGCUUCUUAUUCCAAUUUUUUGUUAAUAUUUGCUGGUUAUCUGCUUUUUUCUUAAAACCUUUUACUACUCUGGGCAUGUCUUUGCAUGUUUUCAGGUAGAGUCAGGGCUGUCUGAUGAUAUUUUCAUGCAAUCCACGUCAAGAUCUGGUAUCUCUUGUUUUGUUCUUCCGUAAAGGAAUUAAUUUUUUUAACUUUGUUCAUUUAUUUUAAAUUUCAUUGAUGCAGAAGCUAGGGUUGUUGGCAAGUUCCAGCCAAAGGCCAAGCCUAAGAUGAAGAAGGAAAGAUCCAUUGCGUCUGUGUCCUGUGGUUCCAUGGUGCCACCUACAUCUUCAGCUGUCCAUCCUCCAGAAGCUGAGUCCCUCAGUAGUCCCUUGCUGGCCUUUCCACCUGAUUCCUCAACAUCGCUCAACAGUCCAGCAGACAAUGUGCUUGGAGGCGACAUGAAUGCCCCUGCCGUGGAAACUUCAUCCCUCUACAACUACAGGGAAUUGAAUGCUGCUCACGAUACGACAGAGGUAGAUGUAAGUACUCUCAAUAAUCCUGUUAAUUGUUUUCCUCUUGUAGCUUCCUAAUUAUUAAACUUUUGACUGUCUUUCUUGGUCUGGUGAUCUUGUGGUUGCAGACAGUAGGCAUUCGGAAGAGGAAAGACAUGGAACAAGAGCCAUCAGGGCAAGCCGUUGAUGGAGAGUUGCAGGAGACUCUGGAUGGAGGAGGCUCUGAGACAGAUUUAUUUGAUGACGCUGAUGUGAGCCAAACUUACAGGCAGCUGAGGAAACGGACUUCUGUGCGCACCACUCUUGAUGAUCUUGGGGAUGGGGAUGGGGAUGUGGAACAGUGGGGUGUUGGUGGAAAGAAGCGAAAUAAUUUUGAAACGGUUGAAGAGGAGAGCGAUGAUGACUACAUGGCAGGUGGGCUCUUUGAAAAGAAGACACCCAGAAAGCCUAAAACAGUGCUGGAUGAAAGAGAGAAGCUUCCUGAGAUGGAUAAACAUGCACAUUUUGAAUCUGAUUCCUCAACACAGAAUUCUCAGAGAAAGAAAUUUUCUCAUUCGACAAGGAGGAGCAGGAGGCAAGGUACUUGAAAUUCUUGUCCCUUUGUCCUCCUACUUGUGGGCAGAAGGCAGAAGAUGGCUGCUCGAUGGAUUAUUCUACAUGAAACGUUUUUAGUAUCUAAUCUAUAUCAAUCGUUGUUCUAAUUGCGUUUGAGUUUGUCUCUAGUAUGGUGCCCAUUAUCCCGUCUUUUCUUUAAGUUGACUUCCCUCUCUUUAUGGCUUGCUGCUGGAAUAUGUAUUUAUCCUGCUGCCUCAAAGUGUAUAUUCUCUUUUCUAUCUGCAGUGGACAAAGUUCUGUUAGAAACACCUGACGAGGAUAUUAACCCGAUGAAACUGAAGAUAAAGGAUCUGAUCAUGCUUGCUGAAGCCAGAGAACGAAUAUGUGUAUGUUUAAUCUCUUUAUAUUUUUCAAAUUGAUUGCUGCAGUUGACAUUUUUUUUCUUCAUUUCUCAACCUAAAGGGACCAUAAGCUGCUAUGUAACAUUUUUUUUUCUUUUUUGGUUACCUGUGCAUUCGAUCCAGAUUAAAGAAGCAGCGAAAACUGGGCAACCUGGUCAAGAUCAAAGGUAUUGAAGUUAUUUACUUAAAGAAAAGAAAUGUGGGAUAUUUAGUUAAGAUCGAAAAUUGCAGUUUUCUUCGUUACGUACGAGAAAUUUUGCACUAAACAUACAAUGCAAAUUUACGUUCUCAUUUUUUUUUCUUUUAGGGAUAUUUAUCGAUGAUAAUCGAUGGGAAGUUUUGGUUAGUCAAUGACGACAGAUUACCUAGGAUUAGAUGAUCAUUUGACCUAUGCCAUCUUUGUUUCUUCUCUUAAGGUAUAUUGUCAGAGCGGUUAAAAGGAAAUACCCAAAGAGUGUCUUUAUCUUUCGAUUACAUCUGUGGCUCAAGACUUCUAACACUACCUUCAUGUCUAUAAAUUAGUCAACGCUCAUCUUUCUACUUCAAUCAUGGUUAGGAAGCUAACCGUUCUGGAUAAGAACUGGCUGUACAUAGUUGGAACUUGCUGGGACCAGCCCAGUUUUGCGUUCUUGUUCCCAUUUUUUAUAAGGCAGCCAGCUUGAGAGAGAUGAAUCUUAUUCCUUUUUCUAAUAUCAAAAAUACUAGAAUACUUGUGCGGAUCUUACUGGGUGCCCCGUCAUUCAUGCAAUGACAGAUUCGUUUUUUUGUGUAAUUAUUCCAGUUUUGCCAAUGACAUGAAUCGUGGUGGGGACGAUGCUGAUCAGCCGGUUCAAAUCAGCUCCACAAAAUUAAAUUACCACACCUACAUGAACAAGCCCAGAUCGGAAAGAUGGUCCAAAAUGGAGACUGAGCUGUUCUACCAGGUAACCUGCACCGUUUUGCCGGCAAAUUAUUGUCCUCUGAAACCAUAUAUCCUGAUCCUGAGUUCAAAUUUUUCUAGGCUGUUCGUCAGUUUGGAACAGAUUUUGCAAUGAUUCAACAAUUGCUUCCCAAUCGGACUCGUCAUCAGAUCAAACUGAAGUUUAAGAAUGAAGAGCGCAAACAUCCCUUGCAGAUAGCAGAUGCUGUAGUCCAUCGCUCCAAAGGUACAGUACUUGUAUCUCAGUUUCCUUCACUCAUAGGCUUCAAGCUGAAUUUAGAAUGAGCUGGAGGUCUGAAUUACCCCGGUAAUGAAGAUCUGUUGUAGCUGGAUUAUAUUAAACCAAAAUCCCACCUUAUAAACUGCUUGUUCCUGGACGGUCUGUUGAAGGGAAUAUUUUAAUUUUCAUACAUAUCUCUGGGUUUCCUCUCAGAUCAUUCUCAGUUUGAGUUGGUGAUCGAACGGCUGAAAGCCCAGGAGAAAGAAUCUAUGAAUUCAGCUGAUACAGCUGCUGACCCAGCGGCCGAAUCACAAGCCACGGGUGCUGAAAACGAGGUAUUCGAUUCCCAUUCCAACAUAAGUCCUUUCUUUCUCUGUGCUCACUGUCUCAUUUGGGUUAUCCAUCUUUGUUGACGAUUCAGGAGGAAGAGGGUGGCAAGUCUGGUGAUAAGAAAGAGGAGCUUGAAGUAGACGACUGGGAUCAGCAGGUGGAUGACCCUGAAGAUCAAGAUGUAUUUGACUGGAGUCAGUAUGACAUUCCUGACUCCUCACCCACUUACGGUGCAGAUAAAAGUCAGUACAAUGAGAUGUUCUGA